GCGAGGCCUGACGGCCAAUAGGGAGGCGCAAGAGCUGGCUGCUGAAUAGCGGGGACCGAACCAUGGCGACGCUCGCUCUCCCUCCGCAGCGGGGGACCCAUCGUGAGGCCCUUUUGGCGCUCCUGCUUCUCCUGCCGCUGCUUCUGCUCCCGGGCGUCGCUGGUGCCUCAUGUUGUUACCUUGCAAAGGGUAACUUAAUGUGUCGAGAUGUUUGUGAACAGAUUUUGGCCUCCAAGAGUGAUUCUCAUUUGAAACACCUUCUACAGCGUGCACCUGAAUAUUGUCCAGAAUCAAUGGGAGAGGUUUGGGGCUGUAUAAAUUCUUCAUUGCCAGGUGUUUUGAAGAAAUCUGAUGGCUGGGUUGGGUUAGGUUGCUGUGAGUUAGCUAUUCUUUUUGAAUGUCGACAGGCAUGUAAACAGGCAUCUUCAAAAAAUGGUAUUUUGAAAAUUUGCAGAAAAGAAUAUGAGAAUGCUCUUUUUAAUUGCAUUAACAGAAAUGAAAUGGGAUCAGUUUGUUGCAGUUAUGCUGGUCAUCACACCAACUGUCGGGAAUACUGCCAAGCAAUCUUCCGAACAGAUUCUUCUCCAGGCCCUUCUCAAAUAAAAGCUGUUGAAAGUUACUGUGCCUCUGUUAGCCCACAGUUAAUUCAUUGUGUGAAUAACUACACACAAUCCUAUCCAAUGCGAAACUCCACAGAUAGUUUAUACUGCUGUGAUAGAGCAGAAGAUUAUGCCUGCCAAACAGCUUGUAAAAGGAUUCUGAUGUCAAUGAAAACAGAACUUGAAAUUGUAGAUGCACUUAUUGACAGCUGUAAAACAAUGCCUCUACCACAGGAUCCUCUCUGGCAGUGUUUCCUGGAGAGCUCAAGAUCUGUUCACCCUGGAGUCACAUUGCAUCCUCCACCUUCAACAGGCCUAGAUGGUGCUAAGUUGCACUGCUGUUCCAAAGCAAAUACUUCCAUGUGCAGAGAUUUAUGCACCAAACUUUAUAGCAGCAGCUGGGGCAAUACACAGACAUGGCAAGAAUUUGAUCGCUUUUGUGAGUAUAAUCCAGUCGAAGUUUCUAUGUUGACCUGUUUAGCAGAUGUACGGGAACCUUGUCAGCUGGGCUGUAGAAAUCUCACCUACUGCACUAAUUUUAAUAACAGGCCAACUGAACUCUUUAGAAGUUGCAAUGCCCAAUCAGACCAAGGAGCCAUGAACGAUAUGAAACUUUGGGAAAAGGGGACAAUUAAGAUGCCAUUUAUAAAUAUCCCUGUUCUCGAUAUUAAAAAAUGUCAACCAGAAACAUGGAAGGCAAUUGCUUGUUUACUGCAGAUUAAACCUUGUCACAGUAAAUCAAGAGGAAGCAUCAUUUGCAAAUCAGAUUGUGUGGAAAUUCUCAAUAAAUGUGGAGAUUUAAGCAAAUUUCCUGAAGGACACAUGGCUGAAAGCAUUUGUGAACUCUUAUCUCCCACCAAUGAUUUGGAAACUUGCAUACCACUAGAUACAUAUCUUCGACCAAGCACUUUGGGUAACAUUGUAGAAGACGUUACUCACCCCUGUAACCCAAAUCCUUGUGCUACCAAUGAGUUAUGUGAAGUAAAUAGAAAAGGAUGUCAGCCUGAUGAACCAUGUCUUCCAUAUUUUUGUGCGCAGGGUUGCAAGUUGGGUGAAGCUUCUGAUUUUAUUGUCCGCCAAGGUACACUCAUCCAGGUUCCAUCCUCUUCAGGAGAGUUUGGUUGUUACAAAAUUUGCACAUGUAGUCAAAGUGGACUGUUGGAGAACUGUAUGGAAAUGUAUUGUAUUGACCACCAAAAGUCAUGCAUUGUGGAAGGGCAAAGAAAAAGUCAUGGAACAUCUUUCAAGAUAGAUUGCAAUGUCUGUUCUUGUUUUGCUGGAAACUUGACAUGCUCGACUCGACAGUGCUUAAAUGAAUACAGCUCAGAUGAUGAGCGCCAUAAAUCUACAGGUCUGCCAUGUAACUGUGAGGAUGAGUUUGUCCCAAUGUGCGGGCAAAAUGGACGAACCUAUCCAAGUGUCUGCAUAGCGCGUUGUGUUGGGCUUCAAGACAAUCAGCUUGAAUUUGGAUCCUGCAUAUCUAAGGAUCCUUGCAAAUCUAAUCCCUGCCUAAAAAAUCAGAGAUGCAUACCAAAGCCACAGGUUUGCUUAACCAGUUUUGAGAAAUUUGGAUGUAACCAGUAUGAAUGUGUGCCCAGACAAUUCAGUUGUGGUGACCAGUUGCGAGAUCCUGUUUGUGACACAGACAAUAUAGAAUAUGCAAACCUCUGUGCUCUACAUCAAAAAGGAAAAAGUGUAUCAUACAAAGGUCCAUGUCAGUCAUUUUGUAAAUCAGUAGAUUUGGUAUGUGGCCAUAAUGGUGAAACCUAUAGCAAUGUCUGUGCUGCCUAUUCUGAUCGUGUGGCUGUAGAUUACAGUGGACCUUGUCAAGCUGUAGGAGUCCUUUCUGACUACAUUUACCAAGGAGAAUGUGCAUCUGUUACAUGUCCUCAUCUUUCUUCUACUGGAUACAAGCCAGUUACCCCACCAGGAGCAUGCUGUCCUUUGUAUGCAGGAAUGCUGCGAGUUUUGUAUGAUAAAGAAAAGCUGGAUAUCUUUGCCAGGAUAAACAACAAACACCCAAUUACAGUACUUGAAAUACUUAAUAAAAUCCGACUCCAUGUUUCUGUACCACAGUGUGAUGUAUUUGGAUACUUCAGCAUAGAAUCUGAAAUUGUGAUUCUUAUCAUUCCUGUUGAUCAAAAUCCCAAGCCUCUUCAGAUUGAAGCCUGCAAUAAAGAAGCAGAAAAGAUAGAAUCGCUGAUCAAUUCCGAUAGUCCUGCUUUAGCAUCCCACGUGCCACUCUCAGCACUUAUAGCAGCCCAAGUGGAAGUUUCAUUCAGGAUUUCGUCGUCUUGUAGUCAAGUUAUGUCAGCAUUGGAUUUGCUCUUCUGGAGCCUUGUGGUCACAUUCUUGGCCACACAAUGUAAUACAUAGUGAUAACAGACCCUGCAAUUAUUAAUGUGCAUUUUGUAUUUGAUUUGCGAAAGACAUUCAAAACUGCUGAUAUCUUUAUAUCUGAGAGCUGGCAACAUGAUCAGUGUUAUUCCUCCACCCUUUACCAGCAUUUUUUUUUCAUUACAAGAGUAGUAUAUAAUACAGCAGCCUUGUUAGUUAAAUAUCAAAUAAGCAGUCAUCUACAAGUUACUCUGGAAACAGUUUGCAGAGUUAAGGGCAGAGUGCAUUUGUUUCUUUCAACCUCUGUUCUUUGCUGUUACAUGUUCAGGCUUCUAUGGUGCUUCUAAAACUAGCAACAUGAGGUUGAAUGAUAGCAGGUCAAAAGAAAUGAAUGUUACAAAUGGUAACAACUCUAGCAAACUGCUUUCAGUUAUCUGGGAAAAAAAUUAUCCUUUUUCAAAUCUUAAGGUACAACACACAUUCAAAAGUCAAUUCAGGCAGCCCAACUGUACGUAUUUUGUGGGAGGAACAUUUCACUGUAACCAGUGCUGUUUAAUGUUGACUGCAUUCUUAGGACCUUUCUCAUGUCUAUGCAUACUUGAAAAUAUAAAAUUUCAAAUGCAUAAGGCUUACCUUAUCCAAAGAUUGUUAUGCGUAACAAGAUAUUUUGCAUAACUCUAUUUGAGAGAUGAUAUAGUAUCCAGCAGCAUAUAACAGUAUGUUCACUGUUGUCAAAUGGUCAGUGAAAGUUGGUUUCUUCAUCUAGGCAAUGCACAGAUGCUUAGAAGCCCAAGCACACACCCCCCCCAAAGUUUACAUUCACAGCCACUUGUGUAGGUCAGCUGAUGCACCACAGCAGCAUCCUGGGCUUGCCUCUACACAGGAAAGAUUGGUGUGUUGUUUUUUUUGUUUUGUUUUGGUUUUUUUGCCUACACAAUACCUGUUCUACAUCUGCCAAUUCCUUACUGUGAAGGCAAAAUAAUUGUUCAGUUAAGGCAACUCUUUCAUUUCCUUGCAAAAGGACAUUGUGCAGAUUUUUAAACUUAAUUUUUAGCAGUAGGCACAUCUUGCAUAAGAUUAUUGAAAAAUAUUAUUUUUAUAUGACUUAGAGGUAUAUCAUUAAAAAUGUUAAACAUCUAUUUUUAAACAUCAAUUUCUGACAAAAAAAGAAACCAAAUUGCUGCUACUUAACUAAUUUACCAAAAAUGAAAUGAAUAACUGAUGUUUUAUGUAAAUACAUGAUAUAUUUUAUUAUGACGAAUAUAGCCAAGGGGUUGAUUCUGCAAGGAAUAACAUAUUUGAGUAAAAUUACACCUGCACAGAUGUGUUUGCAGAAUAUCACCGCCCAGCAUUGUCAAUCAUAUUUUAAGCUAAUAUUUUGCUUAUAAAAGAAAUAUAUGCAAGGUACAGAUUGAUGAUGCAAAUAGUUUACUCGGAUGUCUUUUGAAGAAUUUUAAGCUAUUUAUACAUGUUAGAUACCACAGUAUUUGCAUGUUAUCUAAAUUUACAUUUUUAGCAUGUUAAUAUUUUAUACAAAACACAUAUUUUAAUAACAAGGAAUCAGUCAUCUGCUAGUUCUCUUGUUCAAGCUGUAUUAAAGUAAAUGGGAUGCGCACAAUCGUGAUCAUGCACAAGCUCCCAUUGGCUACAAUCCUGUUGAUGUUCACCACACAUGUAAAUAUUCAUUUUUACAAGCUGAUGCACUUUCUCCAGGCUCGCACAGGAAGGAGGAAGAAAAGGCAGCUCUAGGAGAAGACUGCCAUUUCUGAGUCCUGUUUCUUCAAUGCUUGCUGCUCUGGGGAGGAGCCUGUGGAGCUAAGGUGCUCUGAGAGGGGACAAGGACAGUUUCCUGUGCCAGUGAGCAGGGAAUUAUCCACCACCCCGAGCCCCUUGACCCUGAGGACUGCCUCCCCCACUCCCCAGAAGCCACGCAUAGUUGUCUUGGAGCCAGCAGUUUUCUCCUACCACUGUCACCACUUUUGAUUUUUCCUUCCCUCACUGCUGCUGUACUCCCAGCCAGUUCUGUGUUGCCAAAGCGACAUCAAUGCUGGCAUAACCUUACCAGAGCAAACAGGAUUGAGGCCAUUUCUUUUAAUCAGACUCAUCCAGGAGACCUUCCUGCUGAUUUUGCCCUUUUAUGUUUUUGUGCACCUGAACUUUAUUUACAUGAAGUAUUUUGUAUCAGUAUUAUGACAGGUAACUUUUGAAGUCUAUACAGGUAACAUCAUUUUUGCCAAAUUAUGGAAUAUAAGAAGAAAGCACUGAAAAUGAAUUUCACCUUUGGCAUUGUUCUCACAACUUUGUGACAAAUGUCUUGCUUUGAUUGUUACAAAAAGAAAAAAGUUGCAAUGCAAUAUGAAAGCUUUUAUUUUAAUAAAAAAGUAUUUUCUCAUGUGUUCUUUAAAAAUUUGUAACUUCAUAAAACCUGCUAUAUGAAUAGAA